GGGGUAAAAAUUCUGGCGCGCGGGAUUGACAAACGGGAAGAGUUUUCAAAUAGAGAGGGGGAGUUCUAGCUACCAUAGACGGUGCUAAAACAGAGGGACCAGGUCUUGUUUUGGUGUCACACAGCUAGUUAGCAAAUAUCGUUUUAAUUUUCUCUAGAUACAGCAAGGUCGACAUAUGACCUUAUCUUCCGGCUGGGCAUGGCACGGCCAAUGGGGGACAGUCACCGCCGGUUCUUACAAACGAUGAUGAGCAAUGGCAUUAUUGAUGGCUCUCAGGCCAAGGCCUUACAUAAACACUGCUGUGAAGUUGCUGGUGCCAACUAUAGUCAGGACAGAUUGGAUGAGUUCGUAGAUGUCAUUAACAUGCACCUGCAGCCCAUGUUCAUGCAUGUCAGAAAGGGAAUGUCAGAAGAAGAUGGUCUUCAGUAUUAUGCUUUGGUAAAUUUAGCGGAGACGGAUGUGACCCGCAUGUCAUCUGAUUAUGCUGACAAUGAGCUGGAGCUGUUUAGGAAAAUAAUGGAUUUGGUUGCGGAGUCCGAGAAUGGCACGGCCUCGUCUACUGACAUUCUGAACUGUGGCGACGCUCUUCUGUCAAAAAAGCUAAAGAAAAAAGAGACUGAACAAGUUUUGAAUAAGUUUGUCCAAAAUAAGUGGUUGACUGAGAAACACGGAGAAUAUUCACUGAGCACUCGAUGCAUCAUGGAAAUGGAACAGUACAUGCGUACCCUAUACCAGGAUCUCAUCAAAGACUGUCAUGUUUGUCAUAACAUUGCCUUCCAGUGCCAGAUGUGUGAGAAUCCAGACUGUGGCAUCAGGAUGCACUUGCCCUGCGUGGCCCGCUAUUUUAAAGGACGCAGCGACCCUCACUGCCCCGCCUGCAACGAGUUCUGGCCCCACGAGAUCCCAGAAAUCCACAGGCCUCCGGCCUCUCAAAGUCAGCCCCUUUCUGCGAAAGAGAACACAGCGCCCAGUUCCACACCCUCGACGUCCCGUGCCCGCAGGUCCAGCAGACGGCUAUAGCCUCAUCUGUCACUACACCACACAUCUCUACUGCACCACUGUGGCCCUGAAUGUUGGUUUGUGUUUUCUUGACCGGUAAAACGGCAUAAAAGUUGGCAGACAAAAUGACCAACAUGGACACAUGAUGGAGUUAAAUGCCUCCAGGCAGUGAAUCUGUGUGCAGUACAUUGUGAUGUUCCACUUUUGAAUGUGGAGGUUUUGUGUUUGACAAUUUGACUUUUUAUAUCAUUCCGAUGCUUACAAAUCUAAAUCAGUUAAUGUCUUUAAUUAUUGUUUUGAUACAAGGCAGUUCAUGUUUUAAGUAGUUUUAAAAUAAAUAAAGGUUAUUUUGAAUGUA